CUGGCUGCAGAGCGGGCAGUUUGAGUUUGGUGAUUGUGGUAUUAGUUUUGAGUUGAAUGCUAGACCUGUUCUGACUAUUAUAUGUAUGUUCAAAUUGGAUACAAGUUAAUAGCAUUGUUUCGAAUCCACCGGAAAUAAAACAGUGAAAACGUUUCCAUUUAAACAAUAACUUGUGUAACAAACAUUAAUUAUGUGUGAUCCUAAUAACCCAACGACACAAAGUAUCGCUGAUUAUUUAGCACAAUUGUUGAAGGAUAGAAAGCAAUUGGCAGCUUUUCCCAAUGUUUUUAUUCACGUGGAACGGCUUUUGGAUGAAGUUCAAUUUCGUUGGACGAAUAUUGGGUCCGCGAGGUAUGACCGCUAAGCAGCUAGAGCAAGAAACCGGAUGUAAAAUUAUGGUCAGAGGAAAAGGUUCAAUGAGAGACAAGAAAAAAGAAGACGCAAAUCGAGGUAAACCAAAUUGGGAACAUUUAGCAGAUGAACUUCAUGUCUUAAUUACAGUUGAAGAUUCAGAAAACAGGGCACAACUUAAAUUGGCCCGCGCGGUCGAAGAAGUGCAGAAAUUAUUAGUGCCACAAGCAGAUGGUGAAGAUGAGCUGAAGAAGAGGCAAUUGAUGGAACUAGCCAUCAUCAAUGGAACAUAUAGAGACUCAAGUGCCAAAGCUGCCGCCGCAGUGGCUGCUGCUGCAGCAUGCGACGAAGAAUGGCGUCGCGUGGCGGCCGAAACGCAGCGCUUGCUAUCGCCUGCUAUGCCUGGUAUGGCUGCGCCACUGCGCGCUCCCGCUGCUCCCCUAGGCGCGCCACUAAUCCUGUCACCGCGGAUGUCGGUUCCUACCACCGCUGCUUCGUUGCUUAACGGCUCGGCGCCACCUGGUUCAAUGGAUCCACAUCAUGCAGGACUAAUCUAUGCCGCAUCGCCAUACGCCGAUUAUGCAGCCAAUUAUGCGGCGCUGGCCGCUGCCAACCCGCUCCUUACGGCUGAAUAUGCUGCGGCCGAUCACUCCGGAGUGAGCGCCGCAUCCAAACAGCGCAGGCACCUUGGGCAGCGCGAGCAUCCUUAUCAGAGGGCAGGGGCACUUUCAUAAUGCUUCUUCUUUCUCCUUUCAUAUAAAAGGCUUGUCGGAGUGCUAACUUAUCACCGUGUCUGGCCGUGUCACGAACCGUGUUAACCAACAACGUCCUGCACGCACACUCCGGACUACACUAACAUGUCGUCGCCAGGGGGUAGGUCCUCAACUCUCUAACUAACAUUAAUCGCUUUCAUAACCCACAGUGCCUAAUCCACUUCUCAUGUGCCUUACUGAUACUGUACAUAUAUACAUAUGUCUACAAACAUGUGUACAUAUGCUAAUAUCUAUAUACACUCAAAGUUAUUUAUAAAUUAUAAUCAUUGAUACAUCUUGUGUAAGUGUAUGCAUAUACAUAAGAAUAUGUAUAUGUGUAUGCAAAUAUGUAUACAUGGCAUGUAUAUAUGCAUAUGUACAUAUAUGUAUAUGUAUGUACAAACACAUAUACAUGUAUUUUUACAUAUGCAUAUGAAGAUGUCCACAUAAUCGACAGAUUGUGUGCAGAUAUAUUUACAUAGCUCCUACUUAUACAUUGAGUAUUACAUUAUUAUAAUAGAGAUAAUUUGUUA